CACGGAUCAUCAUCCCGACCAACCCUUCGGCGGAAACCAGCUUAACGAAGUUAUCAGUGAUGAAAGAUCAUUGCGGUGAUUAGUUCUCGUGCCGAUCGCUUGUUUGCAACGCGUCACCUCCAAUAAUGUCGGACGCGAAAAGCAGCGGUGCCGGUAACAGCGCACGAAGUUCCUACGCGGGCGGCUCUUCUUCCUCACUCAUCACAAAGCCGGCCAAUUUGGAAUGCAAAGACCUGGAAGAGUAUCUGAAAUCGCGGCCCCCGGAAGUGCUCGAGAAGCUGUACAACUAUCCCGCCAUCUGUCUCGCUGUUUAUCGCGAGUUGCCGGAGAUAGCGCGUCAGUUCGUUAUAAGAAUUCUGUUUGUCGAGCAACCCAUCCCACAAGCGGUAGUGUCCUCGUGGGCCACACAAGUCUACGCAAAAGAAAACACAUCCGUUUCCCAGGUGCUGUCGGAGCUCGGAGUAUGGCGCAGCGCGGCGUACCCGGGCGGGCUGGCCGCCUGGGAACUGUGUCCGACGUUCAAGAAGAACCUGAAGAUCGCUCUGCUGGGCGGGGGCCGCCCUUGGUCGAUGUCGAACGCACUCGAUCCGGAUCAGAAGUCGCGCGACAUCGACUUCCUGGACACGUACGCCAUGUCCCGGUGGCGCUGCGUGCUGCACUAUAUGGUUGGUGCCGGUAGCUCAAAAGGUAUGGAGGGCGAAGGUAUCUCCCCGGACGCGGUACGCAUCCUGCUGCACGCGAACCUCAUGAAGCGAGACGAAACGGAAUGCAGUCCCGUGAUCACGCGGCAAGGAUUUCAGUUCCUCCUGCUCGACACCCAAGCCCAGGUGUGGCACUUUAUGCUGCAGUACCUCGACACUUGCGAAGCGCGUGGACUCAGCUUGCCCGAGUGCCUGUCGAUGCUGUUUCAGCUCAGUUUCAGCACACUGGGUCGUGAUUACAGUUCCGAGGGUUUAAGCAACGGGCUGCUUACCUUUCUGCAGCAUCUGCGCGAGUUCGGGCUCGUGUACCAGCGUAAGCGCAAGGAAGGACGCUUCUAUCCGACGCGUUUGGCUCAUAACAUCACGUCGAAAAAUGCGGCACACGCCACUACGCUGGCGCAGGAUCAGGAAGCGAACACCACCAAGGACAAGGGGUAUAUUAUCGUCGAGACAAACUAUCGCGUGUACGCAUACACCGAUUCCAAUCUUCAAGUGGCCCUGCUCGGCCUCUUUACCGAGCUGCUGUAUCGCUUCCCGAAUCUCGUGGUCGGCGUACUAUCGCGCGAUUCCGUUCGCCAAGCGUUCCGUGGGGGCAUUACGGCCGAACAGAUCAUUAGCUACCUCGAGCAGCACGCACACCCGACGAUGCUGACGGUAGAGCAGGCAAUCACUAGCCGUUCGACCCUGCCACCGACGGUGGUAGAUCAGAUUAAGUUGUGGGAGAACGAGCGGAACCGCUUCUCAUACACGGAGGGCGUUGUCUACAAUCAGUUCUUGUCGCAGGCCGACUUUAUUACGCUGCGCGACUACGCGCAAUCGAUCGGCGUGAUGAUUUGGCAGAACGAGCGCAUCCGGACGAUGGUGGUAACAAAGAACGGGCAUGAUGAUGUGAAAAAAUUUUGGAAACGCUACUCCAAGGGAGGCAGCUAGGUAGCGGUACACGAACCGGCCAGCAUUGGAUGGUGGGAAAUGUAAAAUUCUAUUGGAGUUCCUUUUUAACCCCCAAAAUAAACUUACCUUUCGAGGUUACCGGAAGUGAAACAAGUGGGUACUAUUGUGGUAUAUAUUGUGUGUAAUUUCAUUAUGACAUAAUUCACGAAAAACCGCUUUCUAAUGUCCGCAUUGAUGUGGCUAAGCUUUCUGAUCUGCCCCCAUCUCAAGACUCCACAACCUCUAUACUAGGAUUCCAUAAAGCACUUGCUACAGCGCACCUUCUAACUCGCAGUUCGCACUCCGCGCCCUUUAUGCCACAAAAAUGGUACUUUGGUAAGGAAAAAUGUGUGGUGUUAAGUAAUGGAGCACAUUGAUAGGGAAUAAGUAUACUUAAAAUAAUUGUAAAACCAAACACGAACCGCAAAACUGUAUCUGCUGGCACAGGACCCCAUAAUUGGAGCCAAUUUCAGCAUUUCACUUAAGCGCACUGUCCCAAUUCGAACAACUCUAUCAAAAAAGGCUGCUUUUUCCAGCUUUGGUCUUCAUUCCGUUCGCUACAUCAUAAAUAGACUGCCUAUUUCUAUUAUUUCGAAGUACUAUAUUGUUUGUGAUAACGACACCAUCUGCCAAACGCAACAAAACACUUCUGUGAAUGAGAAUAUAACCCCUAUACUGGAGAAGGACAAUAAAACUU